AUGCACCACCACUCAUUACUAUCGACCACUACCACUCAUCACCACUACCCACCUCCACCACCACCCACCUCCACCAUAACCUGCUACCACCACUCCUACCCAUCACCCACAAAAACCAUCACCCGCCACCACCAUUACCACCUACUUCCACCACCCAUCACCACCUUCCUAACCAACCUCAAUCACCCGUCACCACCAACCACCACCUACCACCAUCACCACCUAUCACCACCCACCACGACCACCCAUCACCACCAUUCGUCACCACCACCUCCACCCACCAAAACUAGCACCUGCCACCACCAUCACCACCCACCACUUAUCACUACCACCCACCACGACCCUCUACCACCACCUACCCCCAUCACGCCCACCCACCUCCACCACCCACCCACUACCUACCAUUAUGACCACCACCUGCCAUUCCACCAACCACCACCCAUCACCAUCACCAUCACCCGCCUCCACCACCCCACCACCCCACCACCAUCACCCAUCACCAACGACCACCACCACCUAUCACCACCACCCAUCACCACCCCCACCCAUCACCCACCAAAAAAACAUACACCAUCACCACCCUUACUACCAUCCGCCACCCACUCACCCAACACCACCACCUGUCACCUUCACCCGUCUCCACCGCCACCUGCCACCCACUAUAAUCACCACCCUACAUUGACCAUCAACUCUCUAAUAGACUCCAAUUCAGUCCCUAGAGCUUACAAUUUAUAUCAGAAGUGCUUGCAAAUUUAA